AUGGCGUCGGCGAUUUCCAAAUGGAUCGUGGACCCGACCCGCAACCCGCUUGCCGCGCUCCACAUGAAAACCUUGUCCGGUCGCCUCAGCAAAUACGGGCUUCGGUACGACGAUCUGUACGACCCGAUGUACGACCUUGAUGUGAAGGAGGCGCUUAAUCGGCUGCCUAAGGAGGUCGUGGAUGCCAGGAACCAGCGCCUGAAGCGCGCCAUGGACCUCUCCAUGAAGCACGAUUAUCUUCCGGAGGAUCUUCAGGCUAUGCAGACACCAUUUAGGAGCUAUCUACAGGAGAUGUUAUCUCUGGUUAAGAGAGAAAGUGCCGAGCGUGAAGCACUCGGAGCCUUACCACUUUACCAACGCUCCAUUCCUUGA